UGUCAUAGGAUGAACCCUGCUGGACCAUUCUUACUGUCUGUGAUAUCAUGUCUGGUGUGGCUCUCCUGGGGCUUUGAUCCGGCUCCAAGUGCUUGCUCUGCCUUGGCCUCUGGGGUCCUCUACGGAUCCUUUUCCUUGAAGGACCUUUUCCCUACCGUCUCCACCGGCUGCUCAUGGACCCUGGAGAACCCGGACCCAACCAAGUACUCUCUGUACCUCAAGUUCAACCGGGAGGAGCAAGUCUGCACCCACUACUCGCCCAUGGUGCUUCCGCUGGACCAUUACCUCUCCAAUGAUACCUGCAGCCAGCCCAGAGCAACCGCCCUGCCCCAGGAGGGGAGAGAGGAGGAGGAGGAGGAGGAGGAGGAAGUGGGCCUGGAACUUUGCCAAGGUGGAGGCCCCUUUGCCUUUUUUCAUUUCGACAAGAACUUUGUGCAACUCUGCCUGGCGGAGGAGCCGGAAGCAGCCAGCCGCUUGCUGCCCCCCGAAGCUGUGGAGUUCCGCUUCGUCGAGGUUCUCCUGAUCAACAACAACAAUUCCAGCCAGUUCACUUGCAGCGUCCUCUGCCGGUGGUUGGAGGACUGCCUUCGGCUGGGUGCCAGCCAGCCUUGCAGCCUCUCACAAACGGGCUGCACCUGCCAGAUGCCCCGAACCCUGCCGGCUCCUCCUGUGGUCAACCGGACCCUUUCCAAUGCCCUGACACCCCCUGCGACCACCAGCAGCAGCACCAGCAGCAGAAACAACUGCUGCGUGACCCAAUUGCAUUCUGGGAAUGCGAAUGAUGUAUAUGCUCCAGAGAUUAAGCACGGUAAUGGUGUGCAAGAAGAUCAGAAGGUGAAAACUCAGUGGCCACGAUCUGCAGAUGAACCGGGAGUCUAUAUGGCACAAACAGGAGAUCCAGCAGCAGAAGAGUGGUCCCAAUGGAGUGUCUGUUCUCUUACCUGUGGGCAGGGCACCCAGGUGCGAACACGCUCCUGUGUCUCCUCACCCUAUGGGACUCUGUGUAGUGGCUUGCUGAGAGAGACCAGGACAUGCAACAACACUGCCGUUUGCCCAGUGGAAGGCCAAUGGCUGGACUGGGGAUCUUGGAGCCGGUGCUCAGUGACAUGUUCCAAUGGGACUCAGCAACGGACCCGUAAAUGCAGUGUCUUGGCUCAUGGCUUGGCAGAGUGCAAAGGAGCGCAUGCUGAUGCCAGAGAGUGUUACAAUCCAGAAUGUUCAGCUGCAAGCAAAUGGGGUCCAUGGAGUGAAUGGAAUCUGUGCUCCAAGACUUGUGACACUGGCUGGCAGAAACGUUUCCGGAUGUGCCAGGGGAUGGGAACACAAGACUAUCCCUGUGAGGGCAGCGGGGAAGAAGUGAAGACCUGCAAUGAGAAAAAAUGCCCAGCCCUCCAUGAGAUGUGCAGGGAUGAGUCUAUUGCCCUGAUGACUUGGAAGAAAGCUGCAGCUGGCGAAACAGUCUACAACAAAUGCCCAUCCAAUGCUACAGGAUCUGCCAGCCGACAGUGCCUGCUCAACUCUCAUGGUGCGGCUUACUGGGGCCUGCCCAGCUUCGCACGCUGCAUUUCCCACGAGUACCGAUAUUUACAUCUUUCACUCCGUGAGCACCUGGCUAAGGGCCAGCGAAUGCUGGCAGGUGAGGGCAUGUCACAAGUGGUCCGUAGCCUGCUGGAACUUGUUGCCCGCCGAAGCUAUUACAGUGGGGACCUGCUGUUCUCAGUGGAGAUUUUGCGCAAUGUCACAGAUACUUACAAAAGAGCCACCUAUAUUCCUUCCUCAGAUGACGUGCAGCGUUUCUUCCAGGUUGUGAGCUACAUGGUAGAUGCAGAAAACAGGGAGAAAUGGGAAGAUGCACAACAGGUGUUGCCUGGUUCUGUCCUUCUCAUGAAAGUGGUUGAAGAUUUCAUCCAUCUGGUAGGAGGUGCCCUCAAGGCUUUCCAGAGUUCCCUUAUUGUUACUGACAACUUGGUGAUUAGCAUCCAGAGAGAGCCGGUUUCUGCUGUGUCCAGUGAUAUCAAUUUCCCCAUGAAAGGACGUCGGGGCAUGAAGGAUUGGGCCCGCCACUCUGAAGACAAGAUCUUCAUUCCCAAAGAAGUGCUCAAUCUCUCCUCAUCUGGUACGUAGCCUGCACAAGGGACUGACUCAUUGAGGGUGGAUAGAGGUGGGAGAUAAUGGAGACCUGGGGCAGUGGUGGGAUUCAAUUUUUUUUACUACCGGUUCUGUGGGCGUGAAACAGAUGACUCGGCUUAUUUUGUCAUUGGCGCCAUCUUGUAUCGCACCUUGGGAUUAAUUCUGCCUCCUCCUAGAAGUCCUUUAGCGGUCAUGUCCAAAGUUCUCACAGUGACAGUGAAGCCACCAACGAAGGCCGUGGAACCCUUGAUUACAGUGGAGUUGUCCCAUAUUAUCAAUGGCACCUCACAUCAACAAUGUGUGACCUGGGAGUACACUAAAGUAGAGACUGGCUCUGGGAACUGGGACACCGAAAGCUGCCAGAUGGUGGAAACCCUCUCUGCUCAUACCAAGUGUCAGUGCAGACAACUCUCAACCUUUGCCGUGAUUGCUCAGCUCCCCAAAGACCUGGCCAUGGAUUCUGGCAGUUCUCCGUCAGUCCCUCUCAUGAUCGGCUGUGCAGUUUCCUGUAUGGCUUUGCUGACCUUGCUGGCAAUCUAUGCUGCAUUUUGGAGGUUUAUCAAAUCUGAACGUUCCAUCAUUCUUCUGAAUUUUUGUCUCUCUAUUUUGGCCUCCAAUGUGUUGAUCCUGGUGGGACAGUCCCAGAUGCUCAGUAAGGGCAUCUGCACCAUGACAGCUGCCUUCCUCCAUUUCUUCUUCCUCUCUUCCUUCUGUUGGGUGCUGACCGAGGCUUGGCAAUCUUACUUGGCUGUGAUUGGCAGAAUCCGAACUCGGCUAGUUCGUAAACGCUUCCUCUGCCUUGGAUGGGGUCUGCCAGCCUUGGUAGUUGCAGUUUCAGUUGGCUUCACUCGGACCAAAGGAUAUGGAACAGCCAGCUACUGCUGGCUGUCCCUUGAAGGAGGAUUGUUGUAUGCCUUUGUUGGUCCUGCUGCUGUGAUUGUUCUGGUCAACAUGCUGAUUGGGAUCAUCGUAUUUAACAAGCUGAUGUCUCGAGAUGGCAUUUCAGAUAAGUCCAAAAAGCAGCGAGCCGGGGCAUCGCUGUGGAGCUCCUGUGUGGUUCUUCCCCUCCUAGCACUCACCUGGAUGUCGGCUGUGCUUGCCAUGACUGACCGGCGCUCCAUCCUCUUUCAAGUCCUCUUUGCCGUCUUCAACUCAGUUCAGGGCUUCGUCAUCAUCACCGUGCAUUGCUUUCUGCGCAGAGAGGUCCAGGAUGUGGUGAAAUGCCAGAUUGGAGUGUGUAAAAGUGACGAAAAUGAGAACUCACCAGAUUCAUGCAAGAAUGGGCAAGUCCAGAUCAUGACAGAUUUUGAAAAGGAUGUUGACCUGGCGUGUCAGACAGUCCUCUUUAAAGAGGUUAACACGUGCAACCCAGCUACCAUCACCAGCACAUUAUCACGCAUCUCCCUGGAUGGUGAUGAGGAUCCAAAACUCAACACCAGCUCCGAAGGUGGCCUGGGCUUCUCCACCCUCCCAGGGAACAUCCCGCCCACUUCCAUCCUGGUCCAGAUGCCACAAAUGACACACAAUGUGGUGAAAGGGCUGAAGGAGCUCAGCGACCCUCCUGCCAAGAAGGACAUUAACGUGGAUGUAGCCCGUGGGCCAGUCUACUUGUGCAGUGACAGCAACCUGAGGCAACUGGAUUACGGUUGGCUGCAUUCGCAGGAGGCUUCCCUUGAGAGCAAUUACAUGGUGCUUCCCCGGAGGACAGUGAGCCUUAAGCCUUUCUCCAGGGAAGAAGGAAAACUCAACAUUAAGUUGGACGAACCUCCAGGCCUGCCUCAGGGCCGGCAAUCAGUGGAGGCCGAGGCUUACCCCAACUUUGCCUCCAUGGACCACAUCAACGUGAACUUGAACCAGCCCUAUGGGACAGUCAAGCAUCCAUACAGCCUUCAAUUCAAGCAACACCCCACAGUGCGGCAGAUCCUCUCCUCAGAGUUGUCAGAGCGAAGCCGCAGCAUGCCCCGCACCGUGCCUGGCUCGGCUAUGAAAGUGGGCUCCCUGGAGAGGAAAAGACUACGGUACUCUGACCUGGAUUUUGAGAAAGUUAUGCACACAAAGAAACGCCAUUCAGAACUCUACCAUGAGUUGAAUCAGAAAUUCCAUACAUUGGAUCGGUAUCGUGCUCCAGCCACUAAUGCUUCAAAGAGAGAAAAGCGGUGGAGUGUUUCUUCAGGAAGUGGUGAAAAGAAUAUGACCGGCCAAGAGGUAACCAGUCCAGAGAGCCAGCAACAGAAGCAAAAGUCUUGGAGUACCUUCAAGGCUAUGACGCUGAGUUCCCUGCCCACCAAGCCACGGGAGAAGCUGGAACUGCACUCGGCUGACUGGGAAAAGCAUUGCAUGAGCCUGGAUCUGUCAGAGGGUGACUUCCAAACAGAAGUGUGA